GAAAAGGUACUGUUAAAAAGAUGAUUCGAGACAAUAAGAUAAAGUUGAGACCGUUAAACACAAUAUCUGUUUUUGGGACCAUUUUUAUUUUAUCAGUGUUAUUGCUUUAGAGCUUUACACUUCUUAUGCCAUCCGAGUCCCAUGAUUGAGUGUAGCUACAUCAUUAAUUCAGUCCACAGUGGCCCUGAUGAACAUCCGGGUUUCCCCGCUGGCACCGCUGUUGUUCGGCUCUCAGAAGCCAUUUUGGACGCUAUACAGCUUUUCGCAUGUCAGUCCCUUCCUGCCCCUCUCCAACUGCCCCAGUAGCGUGCUGUUCCUGCGAGAAAAACACAAGUGGGGUUAUUCCUUCUCCAAGCGUUCACCAAACUCAAGAGCUCCUCAAUGCUGCCCAAGUAUGCCCGGUCAGAAUGAAAUGUUGGAUGUUCGAGGCAUCAGGGACUUCUAUUCAGAGGAUCUUGUUUCUAAAGAAUAUAUCCUUGUUAUUGUAAAGGGGAGGUUGUGUUAAUAUUGUAGCGGUGAGGAAUCGCGCGCAGGCCCCGCGGCACAUUUGCGUUCAUGUGUUUGCACGCACGUUUCAUUUCGUUUUUAAAUGCUUUCAAAGCCUAAAGGACAAUAUCUAUCGCCGGGAUCCGUAAAGGAAGGAAUAUGUUUGUUCCCUGGCUGACUUUUGCACUUAUCUGGGGAAGUUGGUGCACAGAACCCAGUCAGGGGGAGGUGGCGACUAGAGAGUGUGUCUACUACAAUGAUAACUGGCGAACAGAGAAGACCAAUCAGAGCGGUUUUGAGCGAUGUGAGGGGGAGAAAGACAAGAGGCUGCACUGUUAUGCAUCCUGGUUGAACUCCACUGGAACAAUCCGCCUGGUGAAAAAAGGCUGCUGGCUCGACGACUUCAACUGUUACGACAGACAGGAGUGUGUGGCCACAGAGGAGACUCCACAGGUAUUUUUCUGUUGCUGUGAGGGAAACUAUUGCAAUGAGAGAUUUACACACCUGCCCGAGGCCAUCACUCCUGCAGUAAAGAUCCAGCCCCCGGAACCGGGGCCAUCUCUGCUGGGUGUGCUGGUUUAUUCUCUUCUUCCUUUGGCCAUUCUUUCACUCGUCCUGGUGCUCGCCUGCUGGACGUACCACCAGCGAAAACCACCCUACAGACAUGUGGACAUUGGCCAGGAUGCUGGUCUUCCUCCACCAUCCCCUCUGGUUGGACUGAAACCACUGCAGCUGCUGGAGCUGAAAGCAAGGGGUCGCUUUGGCUGUGUGUGGAAGGCCCAGUCACAGAGUGAAUAUGUGGCGGUGAAAAUAUUUCCAAUUCAGGACAAGCAGUCAUGGCAGAAUGAGAGAGACAUUUUCCUCACAGAAGGAUUUAGACAUGAGAACAUUCUACACUACAUCUCAGCAGAAAAACGAGGCACCAACCUACAGAUGGAGUUGUGGCUGGUCACAGAAUUCCACGAAAGGGGUUCUUUAACAGAUUACCUGAAGGGUAACCCAUUGAGUUGGCCUCAGUUGUGCCAUAUUGCUGCAAGUAUGUCACAUGGUCUGGCGUAUCUUCAUGAGGAUCUUCCUUACAGAGCUGAGGGACCUAAACCCGCCAUUGCUCACAGAGAUUUUAAGAGUAAGAACGUUUUGCUCAAGAUGGAUUUGACUGCCGUGAUUGCAGAUUUUGGGCUGGCUGUCCGCUUCGAGCCAGGGAAACCGCCAGGAGAUACUCAUGGUCAGGUUGGAACUCGGCGUUACAUGGCUCCAGAGGUGCUAGAGGGAGCCAUUAAUUUCCAGAGGGAUGCCUUCCUGCGUAUUGACAUGUAUGCUUUAGGACUGGUGCUAUGGGAGCUGAUGUCUCGCUGCACUGCCUCUGAUGGUCCUGUGGGUGAAUACCAGUUGCCGUUUGAAGAAGAGGUGGGUCAGCACCCAUCACUGGAAGAUCUACAGGAUGUGGUGGUCCACAAGAAGAUGAGGCCCAUCUUUAAAGACUGUUGGAUCAAACAUCUGGGUUUGGGACAGUUGUGCGAGACCAUUGAGGAGUGCUGGGACCACGACGCAGAGGCUCGACUGUCAGCAGGCUGCGUGGAAGAACGCAUCUCAACCAUCGCCAAGGCAACCAACACAGUCAUCACUUCUACCUCAGAGUGCAUGGUCUCUAUGGUAACAUCUGACAGUGAUACGGACCUACCACCCAAAGAGUCCAGUACCUGAAUACUAAUCUCUGAACCAGGAGCAAACUUCAGGGACUGCAAAAGAAUGAUGGAAGUUCAUUGCUGCAGUGCGGACAUACCAGAACCUCUCCAGUAAUGUGAACUUUGCUGCUAAUUUGAUCUUCUGAUCUUCAUGUAUUUAAUUUUUUAAAUGUUUGUCAAUGUCGUUGGAUCGGUUUCACCAGCACAUUUCAUCUACUGUAUUCUUCCGAGAGGAAGGCACAAAACCUCAAAAGUGAGAAGACUGAUCUCUCAGAGGGCAUUCAGGGGAUUGCUGCAGACUGCUGGGAGAUGAGCACAUUACCUCAUCACUUUGUCAUUUUAUGUUGUUUUGUAUCCACUCCAUGAAUACCUCCAUCCAAAAACCUUGCCUGACUUUACCAUGACCUUGUCCUCACCCUACACUGACCAACCUGACCUUGUCCCAACCAUACCAUGACUACCGGAUCCUAUUCCAACCCUACCAUAACUGUACCUGAUCCUAUCCCAACCUUACCAUGACUGUACCUAAUUCUAUCCCAACCCUACCAUAACUGUACCUGAUCCUAUCCCAACCCUACCAUAACUGUACCUCAAUCUAUACCAAACCUAACGUGACUACCUGACCCUAUUCCAACACUACCAUGGCUACCUUAUCCUAUCCCAACCCUACCAUGACUGUACCUAAUUCUAUCCCAACCCUACCAUAACUGUACCUGAUCCUAUCCCAACCUUACCAUGACUGUACCUAAUUCUAUCCCAACCCUACCAUAACUGUACCUGAUCCUAUCCCAACCCUACCAUAACUGUACCUCAAUCUAUACCAAACCUAACGUGACUACCUGACCCUAUUCCAACACUACCAUGGCUACCUUAUCCUAUCCCAACCCUACCAUGACUGUACCUAAUUCUAUCCCAACCCUACCAUAACUGUACCUGAUCCUAUCCCAACCCUACCAUGACUGUACCUCAAUCUAUACCAAACCUAACAUGACUGUACCUGACCCUAUACCAACCCUACCAUGAGUGUACAUGAUCCUAUUCCUACCCUACCAAGACUGAACCUGACCCUAUACCAACCCUACCAUGGCUCUACCUGACCCUAUCCCAUCCCUACCAUGAUGUACCUGAAUCUAUCCCAACCCAUAAAGUCACAGAACCUGACCCCAUUCCAACUCAACUAUGACUCUACCUGAUCUUAUACCAACCCUGCCAUGGCUGUACCUGACCCUAUCCCAGUACUACCAUGACUGUACUUGACCUUAUCCCAUCCCUAUCAUGACUGUAGCGGAAUAUAUCCCAACCCAUAAAUUGACAGUAACUGGCCCUA